GUACACGCCAAAACAUAGCCCGUCCAAGUGCCGGUGCUCGUCCAGUCUCUUACGGUUUCUUUCGUUGAGACGCACUAUACAUCAUGGCCGUAGGAAAGAACAAGCGGUUGUCGAAGGGUAAGAAGGGCAUCAAGAAGAAGGUCGUCGACCCCUUCACGCGCAAGGACUGGUACGACAUCAAGGCACCCUCAAUCUUCGAGAAGAGGAAUGUCGGCAAGACUCUUGUAAACAGGUCAUCUGGCCUUAAAAACGCCAACGACUCAUUGAAGGGUCGUAUUGUCGAGAUCUCCCUUGCCGACCUCAACAACGAUGAGGAGCAGGCCUUCCGGAAGAUCAAGCUCCGCAUUGACGAGGUUCAGGGCAAGAACUGUCUCACGAACUUCCACGGCAUGUCGUUCUCGAGCGACAAGCUCCGCUCUCUCGUCCGCAAGUGGCAGACGCUCAUCGAGGCGCACGUUGACGUUAAGACGACCGACGGCUACCUCCUCCGCUUGUUCGCAAUUGGCUUCACCAAGCGUAGACCAACGCAGGUCCGCAAGACCACCUAUGCACAGAGCUCCCAGAUCCGCCAGAUUCGCCAAAAAAUGUUCGAGAUCAUGACGCGAGAGGCAAGCUCAUGCGACCUCAAGGAGCUCGUGCAGAAGUUCAUCCCUGAGGCGAUUGGCCGUGAGAUUGAGAAGGCGGCGCGUGGCAUCUACCCCCUCCAGAACGUCUUUGUUCACAAGGCAAAGAUCCUGAAGGCACCCAAGUUCGACAUGUCGAAGCUUCUUGAGCUGCACGGCGAGUCGACGGAUGAGACUGGCACCCGGGUCGUGAAGGACUUCAAGGAGCCGGAGAUCCUCGAGUCUGUGUAAUGUAGUGUCUACCUUCGUAUCAUCUAUGCUUUUUUCUGUCGCGAUACGGGUAUGAUAUCUAUGCACAUGAUGAGAUCAUGCUGUCGUUGUUGUAUGAUUAAGGAUGCAUGCAGGUUGAGUGAAGGGACGUCCUUCUGCUCAUCGACUG